UUUGCAAGGACUGUUUCUUCAUCUCAACAUGAAUCCGCAACGGAGCGCAUCGGCAAAUUUAGCAUGACUUUUUUUGGAGUGCGAGGGUCGGGUAGAUGUCGCAUGAAUAUGAUAGAAUCCGAAUUCUCUUCGAGCACAAGGUCCAGGGGCGAGAAAUUGUUCAUCUUUAAUCCCACAAGACCUAAAGCAGGAUCAGGAAUGCGUGCCAAUUCGAGCACAAGGACAAGGGACAAGCGCGGUCCGUGGAGACAACAUCCCAUAAUCUAAUCUCGGCAUGUUCCGGCGUCGUGACUGUCAAUCUGACGGGACCAGUGCGCUGUCACGGACGCGACGCUGCCAGUGCUACUGCGAUGAUGCGCCAUUUAGCGUCGACGUUUCCCAAGUCUGGGAUCCUGUUACUGGGAAAAACAGUACAGUCGCUGGUUCCCUCAACGCUUAUUUCGCAGGCCGAGUCCCUCUUGGACGCCCACCGCAUUGAAGACGCCUCGAAUUUAGCAGACCAGCAGCGCAAGAAGCUUCAGGCGAAUAUCACCGUGGACGAGGAUGAGGCCGACGAGCUUCGCUACGUGUACCAACGCAUAGGAUUCCAAUGUUUCAGCGAAACGCUCUUCGAGGACGCGGGCAAGCACUUCUUCAACGGCGAUCUCGACCCACGUGUCCUCGUCAGCUACUACCCCGAGCUGCGCGGCUCCCUCCUCACCUCCAACGCGACUGCAGACGUGUUCGCCGGCGUUGCCGAACACAUGCCGCCUGAGUCCUCCGUCGACGAUAUAAUCAGGAACUACUCCCCGUUUCUCGAUACCCAGACCGCACCCCCGACUGCGGAGCUGCGCAGAAUUCUCGGCAUGGCGGCGGUCGAGAUGUUGGAGUCUUUCCUGAAGAAAUGCAGGAGGAAGCGGGUGGUGGAGGGAAGGAAGGAGCCGGAGCCGUCGUUCGCUGUUGUCGAUACCGUGCUCGCGAAACUCUACGCGCAAGGAGAGAAAACAGCAGAUUUGCGGACGCUUAUUGAAGAGCCAAACUCUAUCGUUCUGGUGGAACUAGAGCCAGUACUCAAGACGACAGGACAGUACCAUGCACUGAGUCUAUUGUACCGCCAAUCCAACAACGACGAAGGGCUGCUUGAGAUCUGGUCCAAAAUCAUCGAUAAUGAGUGGACGGAGCCAGACAUUCCGGACCCUAUUGGAGAUAUGCUCACUUUACUCAUGAGCUCAAGAAAUCGACCUCUGAUCCAAAAAUGGGGGUUAUGGCUGACACGUCGAAAUCCAGAACGCGGACUUACGGUAAUAGCCCCCGAUGAUCAUGACGGGGAAACUGAAACCCUCCGACAGCUUUUGAUGCCCAAAGAUUCGGGGAAACGACCGCAGAGACCAGAUGAUGACCUAGCUCUGUUGAAAGAUAUCCAAGAGGCCAAUCCCGCUGCCGGUGCCCGAUUCCUGGAAUAUCUGGUGCUGCAGAAACGGAGCUUGUCGCGUGAUUUGCACACCCAGCUCGCAACAGUAUGCGUUGACCAAAUGCUCUCUGCGUUGAAGGAUGACUCAGUGUCCAAGUUAUGGCGAGCCAAAGCCUCGUCCUACGCGUCCAGCCACGAGAGCAACUCGACGUUCUUCUCGUACUUCGUCUCGACGACACCAGAUUCUCCUUCGAAGCUGAGCCGGUUAAAGGCGCUCUUGUUCUUGCAAGGAUCGUCGCUGUACGACGGCGAGCUGAUACGAAGUCGAUUGGCUGCAUAUCGGCAGCAGGGUCUCAGUCUUGAGUUGGCUGUCGUCGACGGAAAGUUACAAAACCACCAGUCGGCACUAUCGGCUUUGGUAAAUGAUCUGCAGGACAGCACUUCGGCCGAAGCCUACUGCACACUCGGAGGGGAUGUCAUCCCAAGCAAAAGCAUCCAGACGUUAUGUGGAGACCCCAAAUUGGGGCUGAGUAUGUGGACCUCGGCGUGGACCGGGAAGAGCAAGCAGAAGACGGUGGAUGAGACUGUUAGUAUCGCCAAGAGGAAGGAGCUGCUCAAGACGUUGCUCCAAGUCUACAUGCACAACCAAACGAGCAAUGUGGACCGAGCGGCGCGACUCAUCAAUGCACAGGCAAUGAACCUCGAUGUGGUUGAAGUGCUGCCUGUGGUACCCGAGCACUGGUCGGUGCAAGUCAUGUCCUCGUUUCUCUCACGGUCUUUCCGGCGGACAGUCCACGCGCAGAACGAGGGACGGAUUGUCAAAGCACUCGCGAAUGGGCAGAACAUGCGUGUCAAGGAGGAGACGUAUCCGGUCCUGCGAGAUGAGGGCAUGGUUGUCGAGGAAGCUGGCGACGACGGCAGCUUCGACGAGAAAGUCGACGGGGAAAAGGACGCGGCUCGCUGGUCGAGUGCUGGUGCGGUGGAUAUAAUGUAACAGAUUCGAUAAUAACUAUAUAAUGACUACUCCGGCUGCUGGAAUACAUCCACAUAGCGCGACCGGAUGGCACGCUUUGAUGCCUGGGACUUGGGUCGUCCCGGCGGAGGUGUCAUGGACGCUUGCCGCAGCGGCGAACUGGGCAUCGACGUCGACUCGGGUGUCGGCGCGAGGCUCGAUCGAACGCGCAACGUCGACGACUUGGGCGGUGCUGGUCCAUCGGCAACCGACGCUGACCGAGGGGGUGGUGGCGUUGCUCCCCCUGCUCUCGCUCCAAGCAUCCCGGGCGAAGCAGUCUGCGGCCGAGAAGGAGGUGGCGGGGGUGUUGGUGUUUCGGGUUUCGCAGCCUCGGCACCGGCCUGCGCUGCAGUCAGCAUUCCACUCAGCGCUUGGCAACUGCGCAACGCACCUUCUUGUUCACCCAUCGCUUCUGCUCUGCAUCGUAAUAGAACGACGUCUCCUCCCCAAGAUUCGCUUUCACCGGUCCCGGUGUCGCAUCUGACUUUUUCCAGAAUCGACCGAACCAAGACCCGCCUUGCGCAGCAGCCGGUGCAGCUGCUGGCCGUUUUUCUACCACUGAAGAACUGAGUCAGCGCCGAUGUCUAUCCCCAGAGAUGACGAACAUACCAGCCGGCUGAGGCGUAGGUGCGCCUCCAUCCGUAGCAGGAGACUGCUCUGGCUUGGGUUUGGGCUUCGAGUUCCCGAAGCCAAGAUCCUCGUCGUCCUCUUCCUCUACCUUCCCGUUCCCAUUAGCGACGGGCGCGGCAACCGAGUACGGGUUGGCGUCCAUAAGCGAAACAAACCCAUCCGACGACGCUUGAGCGUCUACUUUCAUGAAUGUCGACGCCAUGGGUGUCUGCUGUGCCGAAUCCGUCCCAUACGAGGACCCCCACCAGGAAACCUCCUGGCCUGUUGUGUCCUCCUCGUCUGUUGGCUUGGGGGUAGCCAUGCUGGGGGAAUACGGAUUGGGGCUGUACGCGUUGGGAGUGUAGGCUGAGACAAACGACGGGGCCUGCGAGAAGGAGGUCGUUGAUGCGUUGGCAGAGGCUACCCGCGGCUGAGCUGGCCGCGGUCGCACGUGCUCCAUAGCCGACGAAGCACGAUCAAUCGGAACAGGCGGCGGAACAGGUUUCAACCCCGGUUGGGAGUAGGCGUGGUAGAGAGAUGGCUGAGGAGAUGGACUCGCCGACGGCGCGGCCGACGAUGCAUUUGAGAUGGUCGAGUAGCCCGCGAAGGGCCCAGCAGCAGCUGCGUCGGACAUCUUUGUCUGUUCGUCGAUCGGUGUCGCUGGAUCGACAUCUCCGGUGACCAGUUUCGUGAACCGACCUUCGAGAAAUCUUCCGAUUGUAUCCAGGCUCGGUGUCCCUUUCCAGAACCCAGACUUGUCCCCGUGAUCGAGACCGACAAUCCGCCCAGUCAAGGCCUUCAACUGGUCUACCAUCACAGGUGUAAAGAACGGCGACGGCCGACUCAGGCAUGCAGUGAUCGCCUCGCAGUACCGAUUCGCUAACUGGACUUGACCAAUUUCAGCCAGUGAAAGCGCCCGGAUGAAUUUAUAGGCCUGCAGGUGAGGGAAUCCGACGAAUGGCUCUUGUCCCUUGCUCGGGACGUUGAGCGACAGGCUGAACUCGAGAAUUUCGGUCAGAAUGAUCGGAUCUGCGUCUUUGUAGAAGCUGGGCCACACUUGGGGGCUGCGAGAGCCCAGUAAAACGACACGCGCAUUAGGGUUGCCGACGCCCCCAAGAAGGGUCGAGUUGCCGGUCAACAGAUAACUGUUGCGAUCAGACUGAAGGUCACACGGGCUGAGGUGAGAACCCACCAAACAUGAGCAGCCUCGACCCACUGGUGGGCCAGAAGCUGGUCUCCAAGGGCAGUCAGAGACUGAAUGAUUUCCGGGGACAUCGGAUUUGUGAGCAUCAUCGCAACAGUCUCGGGCCAAGCAGCCAAAGACUGAACAGGGAUGGAGUUGGCAACGGCAGGUGCUGCAAAAUUGGGUGUCAUAGGUGUCAAGUGGGAUGUUGUGGCCGGAACUUGCAGCCGAGCCGUAGCUCGCGAGAGCAGGUUCUGGGGCACGAGCUCUUGGACUGGAACAAUAUAAAAAGUCAGCUGACGACACACGAGUCAAGCAUGGCCACGCACCACAUGCAGACCCCUGCCCAGAGUACAAACUAUACGCGACCCGCAGACCCUCCCUUCCGCUCAACGGGACUGGUGAUGCAUCUGGUCCCGGUGUCAAUGUCUUGGACACAUUGAGCUCAGUCUUGAGGAACUCGUUCACGACCUCCUUCCACGCUUCGCGAUCGAUGCUGCUUGCAAUCACCAUGGCAUGGGCCCACAAUCGCUCGUCCAAUGCGUAGUGAUACGCCUUUCUCCGCUCUCCCCGCAGCAAGAAAUCCUGGAUCUUGUCGAGCGACGAAGACCGCAGAACUGACGUCGCGAGUGGAGCUUCGUCGGUCGACAGCGUUUGAUCACGAGCGAUAUCUGCGGCGGCGGCAAAGCCGAGCACCUGGGGCUCAUCCGUGCCCUCGGAAGCAAGCUCCAGCUUAGGCACCAAAGCUGUUCGGACCGCUGCAUCGAUCUGCGCGCUGCCAGGGAAAGAUCAGAGUUGAUCGACACAAGGCAUGGCACAGUACGCACGUGCCAGUGAGUUUCCCAUCAUUCUCUACCAGGAUCUUGACCAUCUUGAAGAGAACGAGCUUGCCCUCGGCCUGCCGGCCUUCUACACUGUCGCUAUUCAGAUAGCCGAUACUCAACGAGAUCUCCUCCAUCCUGUCUGCCAGAUACUUGAUCACUUUAGUCUUCUUCGUCUUCGUCUGCGUUGAUGCAGUUGCUCGCACGAGCCCUGUAGUGGGGCUCCCGGGAUCCGAGAAAAGAGGCCCGGGGAACACAGCGGACGAGACCUCUAGGGCUGAUUCAGGAAUGAUUUUGUUCAGUACGUGCAUUGUGACGCUCGUCGAGAUGCGCGAGGCAAGCGCCACAUCGAAACCGGUGUUCAUCGAUGCACCGUGGAAACAGGUCAGGAACUUGCCCCCGAAGCCGAAGCUGAAUACGGGGGCUCUAGAAGAUGUACGCCCGAGAGGAUCGUUGGCACCGAGCAACGACGGCGAAGGAGCAUACGCCGUGGGUUGGAUCGUCUUGACAGUGAUCUCCUGCACACCCCCAUUCUCGUUGUACGGCGAGGACUCGCUCACGGACCCAUAGUUGUAUCUGGAAGUGUAGUUUCCAUACUCGGCCUCGCUGCGUGGCUGCUUGCCAUGACCGUGAGACGAGUAAAGCUGCUCGGGACUGGAUGACGUCGUAGAGUAGACCGAUCCGCUCGAAGAAGUCCGGCGUGGCAUGGGAGGAGGGGGUACCACAUGAUUUGUGUUGGGGGGGAGAUAAGGACUGGCACCAUUGGUGGUCGACUUUUUCAACGGAGACGGCGCUCGAGGAAUUGUGCUCGAACCAGGGAGAUACGGAUUUGGAGGAGCAGCCGAUAGCGAGGGGCUGCGUGCUCUGUCUACAGAAAAAGCCGGUGAACCCAUGCGCGCCGGCGAUGCCAUCCGGACUGGCGAUGAUAUCCGUUGUAAUCCCUCGGGCAAGACCUGGCCAUUUACGAAAGCGUCGGGCGAAGCAGUCGCUGAGCGGACGGAAAACGAGGCUGGCGACGACGUCCUGUUCGGCGCAUAUGAAUGCGGGUCGACGCUAGCGUGCGAGGAAACUGAGUUUGGCCUCGGCAGCGGUGGAAGCGGUGGCAAGCCUGAGCUAAGUGCUGGUGACGCCGAACGAAGUGCAUUAUCCACCGGAACGAACGCAGGUGUCUUUCGGCCCGGCGGCGGACCGUAAUUAGAGCUCUGGGGCCUCGGUGGAGGUGGCGUGGGUGCACUGGUGGGCGGUAGGUGACCUGACCAUCCACUUGCAGAGGGAACGGACCCAACAGGCGGAGCGGAAGGAAGAACAUGACCUUGGGCGCUGAACUGGCCUUGGGGAGGUGGAGUGGAGUAUUGGCUCGGAAGCGGCGGAGAUGAGUACGCAGAGUAUGUCGGUGCAACCGAGGAUCCGGAGGUGCCGCGCCGCGCCGGUCGAGAUGUCGGAAAUGGCGGAUCAUAUGCGUUGGAAACUUUGGGUCGGUUCAACGAAGGAGACGACACAACCGGCGGCUUCGGUGCAGGAGUCGAUGCAAAUGGUGCAUUGUAGGCCGAGGUUGGUGCAGUAGGCGUGUAUGCAUUAUAUGUGGGUUGUGACGGGGCAGACGGCAGAGGCGGUAUAGCAUAACUGCUUGGCGUGUGGUGAGCGGAAGCCGAAGCUGCAGGAGCAUAUGCAUUGGUCGCCGGCUGAGCGUGAACGGGAGGAACAGGAGGCAGGGAGUAAGCACUGCGGGCAGGGCUGUACGGGGUGUAUGCCUGGGUUCCGGUGGAGGACGAGGGUGAACUGGCUGCGGCUGGAGCGUACGGAUUAUACGCCUGUGUCGCGGUGUCGAUUGCUGUUGUCGGCUCGUAUGAUGAUUUUACGGGUGCAUGACCAUCGAAUGCAGCGGCCGGCGGCACAUUCUGGACACCUGGAUAUUACUGAGCAGUCAAACGGGAAGAACCAAUGGCGGAAGCACCUGAGAACGUUGCAGGAGCAUACGCUGAGGAAGCAUAUUGAGACCCGUAGUUCGCUUUGCCAUUGGUCAAACCAGGAUUAGACGUUGCUGGGGGUCCAUAGUCGGUUACAGGCUUCGUAUGCAAAGCUGCAGCUACUGCCUCUUCGUCGAAGAACGAGGAUUGCCCGACGCUGUCCACGGAUGAAUCUUGACUGAGAAAAUCCGGAAAGGUGGACGUGUCGGAGGAGCCCUCGCCAAUGGAAGCAAAAGGGUCGGCCGACGAAUCGUCCCCAAAGAGAGAAGCCGCCGAUUCCGCUGCACUCAUGGCUGCGCGUAUAACGUUUAACGGUUUCAGGGCCGUAGACGAGGACGU